AUGCGAAUGGAGGGUGAUUUUAAGAACAGUUCUCAAUGAUUAAUUACAUUUUAUAAUUUAUUUAUAGCUCCAAGCCGUCAACAUCUCGAAGCCUCAAAAUGUGCUUCUUAAACAUUGGUUCGUUGGGCAUCCAAUCAUACUCGGCCAAAUCGAAAGUUGACCCCCUCUCCUUCUUCCUUUCUUGUGAAACAGGGAUGUAGGCUAAUAAUUGGCGCAAGUUAGUGAUUUGGUAGUCAUUGCAUACUGUGUAUGUUAUUACCGAGAUAAUAUGAUUCCAAAAUAUGACUGUCCAAGCAUAUUUAAAACAAUAAGGGGUUUACCUAGUAUUUGCAUCGUUCUAUUUUUACUUUGGUGCGCAAAAUCUGCUUUUUGCGAGUCGUACGAACUUAGCCCACAGAAAUGUGUUGUAUGGGGCCCGGGACUCGACCCCAAUGUUGUAUUGCCCGUUCGAUACUUUUACAUUCAGGCAGUGAACUCCGCGGGAAUAAACUUCACGAAGUCUCCAGGCAAAGGCUCAUUUCGAGUGCAGAUUUCCUCGCUGACUCCUGGUGAGCACAUCCGCAUCCAUGUCCCACAGCCCCUUGACCGUGCCGAUGGCUCCUUUCUCAUGAGAUACCGGCUGUAUGGCAGUGCCUCCAAGGGACUGAAGGUGGAAGUGUUUUAUAAGGAUCAGCCUGUUGGCCAGUCUCCCUAUGUCCUACAAGGUCCAGUGUAUCACGAGUACUGUGAUUGCCCAGAGGCCAACCCUCCUACCUGGCUGGGCAACAUGGCCUGCCCCACCGAAGAGCCUCAGAUCCUGAAGGACUUCAGUAACUUUCCCUCCAUAGACUUACAGCGCCUUCUAAAAGAGGUUCCUCGGCGCUUUGCCCAGAGGGGAGGCCUCAUCCACUACACUGUCUUAAACAACCAAGUCUACCGCCGGGCUCUGGGUAAAUACACAGACUUCAAGAUGUUCUCGGAUGAGAUGCUGCUCUCCCUAGCCAGGAAGGUGCGCCUGCCUGACGUGGAGUUUUACAUCAAUGUGGGAGACUGGCCAAUGGAGACACGGAAGGUCAAUGAUACCCCUGGGCCUCUGCCAAUCAUCUCUUGGUGUGGCUCUGCAGACACACGUGACAUCAUCCUGCCAACCUAUGACAUCACCCACUCCACGCUGGAAACCAUGAGGGGUGUGUCCAAUGACCUGCUUUCUGUCCAGGGGAACACGGGCCCCCUUUGGGUUAACAAGACGGAGCAGGCUUUUUUCCGUGGAAGGGACAGUCGUGAGGAGCGCCUUCGCCUGGUCACUCUGUCCAGGGAGAACCCGGACCUGCUAGAUGCUGGAAUCACUGGUUACUUCUUCUUUCGGGAGAAGGAAAAGGAGCUGGGCAAAGCACCUCUCACAGGCUUCUUCAACUUCUUCAAGUACAAGUACCAGGUGAAUGUGGAUGGCACUGUGGCAGCAUACAGGUUUCCCUACCUGAUGCUGGGAGACAGCCUGGUUCUCAAACAGGCCUCUCCUUAUUAUGAGCACUUCUACAUACAUUUGCAGCCAGGUAAACAUUAUGUACCUGUUCAGAGGAGUUUGGUUGACCUCAUCGACAAGAUCAAGUGGGCCAAGAAAAAUGAUGCAGAGGCGCAGGCAAUAGCCAGAGAGGGGCAGAUACUGGCUAGACAGCUACUGCAGCCCAGCAGGCUGUACUGUUACUACUACACUGUGCUGCAGAUGUACGCGGGGCGCCAAACCAGCCAACCCACAGUGCACCAGGGGAUGGAUCUAGUUCCCCAGCCAUCAGACAACACUGCCCACUGCAAGUGUGAGCGAGAAACACAAGGAGAUGGGCCUGCGUCAGGGAAGGAUGAGCUCUGACACAAACGUAGAGGAUGGGGUGGGCAAACAACUUUGUUACUGAAGAUCCACAUUGUUACUUUGGUGCCAGUUAUGCUGAGUGUUGAUCUGUGGUCAGUUUAUAUCUGGAGUAUAACUUGUAUAUUGGUCUUUGUCAAAAGGCCAGAGAGUGCAAGUCCAGCUUAAUGUGGCCUUUGUGUCUGAAGGUAGUUAUUACAAAGGUGUACUUGAGCCACUUCUUCAGACAUAUUUCCUGUGUGAUCAUUUCCUUGAAUGAAUUAAACUCUCAAUGGUGCCAUAUAGGUAAGCCGAUUUUUUUUCAUAGACCAUGCCUUUAUGCAGAUGAAAUGCUCAGAUUUCCAAUGCACAAUCACACCCUUCCCCCAAAAUAACUUCAUCCUAUUUCCCUUCAAAGGAAGGUGGGAAUGUGAUGGAUAAAGAUUGGCAGCCAUAGGAAAAGUAUGUGCCUUUAUUACAGAGCUUAGCCUGCACCUUUAUUAUUACAUACUGUAUAGCUUUCCCAUCAAACCCAAAACCUGCAACAUAAGUGGUCAUGAUUGACAAAGAUAGCACGUGUGAGUUCAAGUUGGCUUAUAUUGUCAUGUGACUUAAUUCUCAAGGCUUUUCUGACUCACCAUUUCUUCUCUUCCAUUAUGCCACAUGCUCCCCUUAUGUAAAUGUAAUUCAAAAGGUAUGGUCACAUGCAGUUGCUUUUAUAAAAGUUUCAUGCUGUAAAUGUUUACAAGACACCUGGAUGUUUCACUUGUAUUUGGUACAAUAUCUAAAUGUUUUAGACACAGCACAUGUAUUUUACUUUAGGAUUGUGAUGUUUCUCAUUACCUGAACUUUGUGUCAUUUAAAUAUUUAUUUUACAAAAAUAUGCUUAAUAAAGUCUUUUCUUGUUUUUUUUAAACAUAUUUCGUGAUAAAUCCAUCUUAGUUUAGUUCUGUCUAUGCUCAUUAAAAUGAAGGUUCUACAAUAUCUAGCAGAAAAUGGGGAAUGUGACAGUGAAUGGGGGAUUGGACAUAGAUAUGAAGGACACUACAAACCCUUUUAAUGGGCCCGAGAUGACCUCACUACUGGGGCACACUACAGACGAGUCGCGAUCAGUUGAGACUAGUUGAGUUAAGUACCAGUAUGGCUAAAGCUGUUUCCCGGUGUUGCGCUCAGGCAAACGGCCUGAUUUACGCUCUGCCCUGUGAAGACCUUCUGUUACACUCUGCCCUGUGAAGAUCUGUGUUACGCUCUGCCCUGUGAAGAUCUGUGUUACGCUCUGCCCUGUGAAGAUCUUCUGUGUAACGCUCUGCCCUGUGAAGAUCUUCUGUGUUACACUCUGCCCUGUGAAGAUCUUCUGUGUAACGCUCUGCCCUGUGAAGAACUGUGUUACACUCUGCCCUGUGAAGAUCUUCUGUGUAAUGCUCUGCCCUGUGAAGAUCUGUGUUACACACUGCCCUGUGAAGAUCUUCUGUUACGCUUUGCCCUUUGAAAAUUUUCUGUGUUACACUCUGCCCUGUGUAAAUCUUUUGUUAUGCUCUGCCCUGUGAAGAUCUUCUGUUACACUCUGCCCUGUGAAGAUCUCCUGUGUAAUGCUCUGCCCUGUGAAGAACUGUGUUACACUCUGCCCUGUGAAGAUCUUCUGUGUAACGCUCUGCCCUGUGAAGAUCUGUGUUACACACUGCCCUGUGAAGAUCUUCUGUUACGCUUUGCCCUUUGAAAAUUUUCUGUGUUACACUCUGCCCUGUGUAAAUCUUUUGUUAUGCUUUGCCCUGUGAAGAUCUUCUGUUACGCUCUGUCCUGUGAAGAUCUUCUGUUACGCUCUGCCCUCUGCAGAAAAAAUCCCCACGCAGCAUGAUGUCACUAAUACAGCAGCCUCAAUAAAGCACUCAUCAUAGUCAUGUUCCACUCAUCUGAUGCAGGGAUCUCAAACUUUGUUCCUGUAAUAAGUGCUUCA